AUGGCUCCCAAUACGCACACACAGAUGCACACCAUCUCCGAUAACGACGCGGAAGCCGUCCUCCAGAGCACGCUCCACGGCACGCUGCAAGGCACAUUCCACACCCCCGUGAUGCCCACGCCCUCCAUGUCCAUGACCUCGUACGUCCACCCCGGCAGCAGCAGCAGCAGCAGCAGCAGCAGCGCCGCCGCCCACCAGCCCCUCCCCAACUAUGCCAUCGGGGCGCCGGUCAUGUGGGUCGAGACCGGCGCCCCCGAGGCCGCCAACUUCCCGUACAUGAUCACCCACACCGGCGAGCGCUACGACAUUGCCCAAUACACCGACUGCAAGGCCGACUCCGGUAUCGAUCAGAUAAACGGUGUCGUGAUCGUAUGCGACGCCGGCACCACGGACGACGACGACAUCAAGUCGCCCCGCGGAAAGUACUUUUACCAGGGCUGCAAGAAGCUGGGCUCCGGCGCGCAGGUCAACGGCCUGGAGCUCGUCUACCACGGCGGCUCGCAGAAGGUCCCCACGCUGCCGGGCAUGCCGGGCCGCUGGGACAAGGUGGACAUGCUGAACGCCGAGGGCAAGGAGAUCAAGGGGGUGCCCAAGAACCAGAUCAACGGGGGCAGGAUACGGCUGAUGAAGAGGUCGGAUAUGGGGUCCAUGAGUGGUUGA